AGUGCUCCCGUUUGCCAUUUUCUGUAAAAAUGCACGAUCAUUUGAACAUUUUUGAGCGUGAGCGGAUACGUCGAUAAGGGUGUGGGUGGGGUAAAUUGUUUAUCAUAGCAACCGGUUUCCGUUACACGGGGCAUUCAUUGACAAAGUUCCGGACAAUGGACUUUCAUUGAGUGCCAGCCGACUCCAGACACCAUUGGCAGGGACGCGCGUGUCAGCCUGUUGAUUCUUAAUAAGUUGGAGAAAGUUGUGACGGGUUCAUCUCAUUCUCUAUAGACCACAAGCCCAUUCACAUGGAUUGCCCUGUGUAGUGCUGGGACCAUCACAACAAAAUCUCCUCGUCUUCACCAGACAGUGGUGUCUGCAAGGGAGCUGGGGGCUGGUGGAGUGUUGGCGUCAUGGUGAAGAAUGUUCCGGAAGGUCAAAAAGCGUCACAGCAGCAGCAGCUCCCAGAGCAGUGAGAUCAGUACCAAAAGCAAGUCAGUCGACUCCAGUUUGGGAGGUCUCUCCAGGUCCAGUACUGUAGCUAGCCUCGACACAGACUCGACCAAGAGCUCAGGUAACAGUGCUGCGUCAGAGACGUGUGCUGAGUUCAGGGUGAAGUAUGUCGGAGCCAUAGAGAAGCUGCCAUUUGAGAUGAGCAAGACCCUGCAGGAGCCUCUGGAACUCAUCAACUACAUCGAUGCAGCCCAGCAAGAUGGAAAGCUGCCGUUUGUGCCUGGAGAGGAGGAGAUGGUACUGGGAGUGUCCAAGUAUGGAGUCAAAGUGGCCUCCAUGGAUCAAUGUGACGUUCUGCACCGCCACCCUCUCUAUCUGAUAAUGAGGAUGCUCUGUUAUGAUGACGGCCUGGGGGCUGGGAAGAACCUGCUGGCUCUCAAGACCACCGAUGCCAAGCAGCAGGACUGCAGCAUCUGGGUGUACCAGUGCAGCAGCGCGGAACAAGCCCAGGCCAUCUGCAAGGUGCUGUCUGCUUCUUUUGACUGCGUGCUGACAGAGAAGUCCUGAAAGGUUGUCGCCCUGAGGGACGGGACUAUCCUCGUGACCAAUCGGGAGCCUGGAAACCAUAGUUUACAGCAGGGUCACAACUUACCAAGCAUGCUUUGCAACACCUCUCACACACCACCUACAGACUCCACACACCAUCCACCCGUCAGGUGACCAUCAUGAGUACGGUUAUUUGUUUUUAAUCUAACUUAAUCUUAUUUAAUGUAAAUACAUUAGAAAGUACAGGGGCCUCUUGUCUGUACUUGGGAAGGAAGUGGCUGUUUGCUAUCUAGGUCUCAAAUAUUGUAUCCAGAGACUCCACUGACUUCCUUUAUAAAAAGGGGGAAAGUGGUAACCGUGGUACGUCGCAGUCAAUAUUUCCACCAUGGAUGGAGGAACAGACAAAGACCAUUACAAAUAUGCUGUAGACCCCCCUUCUCUUCUCCCCUAUACAAACCAAAGGGAUGGUAUCAAUACAUGUUUGUGCCACUCCUCCUAUACUCCGCUUGGUCCAGAUGGGAUUGGACCAGUUAAAAUGGUACAAUAAAGGAAGGAUUUGAAUGAA